AUGAACGGCGUUCUUGAGUUCAACAAUGUUUUUGUGGAAGACAUGGGAAUAUUGGUUAUUUCUGUGCGUUGAAUUUAGAAAAACUUCAGUUUCAGAACGAAGGCAGAAUGCGCAUAACGGAUGCAGCAAUGACUUUCAAAAAUGAGAGCACUGGUAAAUUAACGAAUAUAAACUCUGGAGACCUGGAAGCAAUUAAUUGGCAACGUCUUGGAAAUAAGCAGGGAAUUCGCUUAGCUUUGAACGAUGGCACUCGUUUGAGGUUUGGAGGCUUCAAAGACACAGUGAGAUUUAAAAAAGAUAAAUCCGAAAUUUUUAAAUAACUUUGAGGAUUUCGAAAAAUUAAAAGAAUUUUUCGAAAAUAAGUGGGACACAAAGCUCUCACAAAACGACUUGGUUCUGAAGGGAUGGAACUUUGGUAAUUGUGAGGUCAAAGGCAAGUGAGAGAGUCUAGUUAUCUUUUUCAUGUUCUUUUUAGGAAAAAACAUUGAGUUCAAUUGGGAAGAUAAACCCGUGUUUGAAAUCCCUAUUUCAAAUGUGGCUAAUUGUGCAGGAAACAAGAAUGAAGCAACGCUGGAGUUCCACCAGGUUUUUAAAAGAUAUGUGCCUGACAAAGUAAUCAAUAAAGAACGACGAAUGCCCGGUCUCGUUGAUGGAAAUGCGGUUUCACAUGCCCUUUGAUGGAGAAGAUGAAGAAGCCGAUCCUGUCGAAGUAUGUCUGACUGACUUUCCAGGACAAUUCUUCCGUUCAGGAAUUCCGAAAAGCUGUAAUGAAGUAUGCCGGAAUCGAGGUUGAAACAGGACAGCCUGUCGCUAUUCUUUCACAGAUUCUUUGUACGACUCCGCGGUGAGAAAUACAUACAUAUUUUGGAAUGAUAAGAGUUUUGAGAGGUCGCUACGACAUCAAAGUGUUUCCCAAUCAUUUGUCGCUGCAUGGUAAGACGUACGACUACAAGAUUCCAAUCAAAACCAUCACUCGACUUUUCCUUGUUCCGCACAAGGACGGCCGUCACGUAUACUUUGUGGUUUGAAUGUCUUUUUUUCCGUCUCUCAGUCUUUUGCAGAUUUCUCUGAACCCACCUAUUCGACAGGGUCAAACCCGUUACAGUUACCUUGUGUGUGAGUUUGUCAAGGAAGAUGAGAUUGAGCUGGAAAUCGGAUUGACAAAGUAUUUAGAUUUUUUGAGAGUUGGUUCUGAGAUUAAAUUUCAGUGAACAAAUUGAGGAACAGUUCGGAGGGAAGCUUGAAAGAGAAAUGAGUGGACCAGUUUACGAAGUGAGACUUUUUUGUCUGUUUUCAUAUAAAAUUUUUGAUUAAUUUUUGAAUUAUUUGAUGAAAUACAAAAAAGCAACACAAAAUACUUGUUUAGAUUGUUUCGAAACUUUUCCGUGUACUCGUGAACAUGAAAAUCACUGUGCCUGGCAGUUUCAUAGGGUUUGUUUUCUUAAAUAGAAAAUGACUCAUUCCUUUGUUUGCAGUAAUACAGGAACUCCGGCCAUUCAGUGCGCUCACAAGCAGGCUUCUGGGCUUUUGUAUCCUCUGGAGAAAGGAUUCCUCUACAUCCACAAGCCGCCCAUGUAUAUUCGAUUUGAAGAGGUUUCUCUGGAAUCUCUGACUCUUGUUGUAUGUAACUUAUUCUUUCAGAUCAGUACGGUUAACUUUGCACGAUCAGACGUUUCCACUCGCACUUUCGAUUUUGAAAUCGAAAUGAAAGCUGGACACGUAUUGAUAUUCAACAGCAUUGAGAAGUAAAAUAUAGUUUUUUUAUUUCUAUUUGAAAAUCAAACUUUUUAGGGAAGAAUACAACAAGCUUUAUGAUUACGUGCAAAACAAACAUUUGCGCAUCAGAAAUGCGAAGAAGAUGGUUUGUCUAAAAGAUUCAAUGAUGUAUUUCAUAAUUUUUUGAAUUAUUCUGCAAUUCCUUAGCCGUUCGAACAAAAAAAUGUUUGAAAACGAAGUUGGUACAGGAGAAGAGCUACGCAGAGGACAAGUUUGCUGGCAGCGACGACGAGAUCGACCCGCAUCUGCAGGCGGUCAAGGCGGAAGGCAAGGAACGUGCCGACAGUGACGACAGCGACAGUGACGACGGUGAGAUCGAGCUCCAGAAACCUGUACCGUUUUGGUUUCAGACGAUUACGAUCUCGACGAGGAUUUGAAGACGAGAAAGAAGGAAAAGGUCUCAGUUAUCUAUUCAGAAAAAAAAAACCCUGACAAGUUGAGAAAUAGGCCACUCCGGAAUUUCGGUUACUUAAAAGAUUGAAGCGUCAAAAAAAAAAAUUACCAAAAAUGCAGAAGUAAUUUUUGUCCUCUGCUUAGAUUCUAAACGGGAAUUGUCAACUUUUUUGUAGGAAAAGGAUUUUUUUACGAAGAUGAUUGAUAAAAAAUUUUGGCUCAUUCAAGUUUUCCGAAUGUGAGUGUAAUUUUCAGAAUGAAUCGGAAGGAAGUGGAUCGGAGCCAGAUGAAGAGUUCGAUUCUGACGCCGGUUCGAGCGACGAAAGCGGUUCAGGAGAGUCGGAGCCAGGAGAAGAGGAAGAGCCCAAAAAGAAAAAAGAAAAGGCUUGUUCAUUGAUGAAAUUUUGAUUUUAUUUCGAUUCUUUUCCAGAAAGCGUCCAAGGAGAGAGAGCCGAGGAAAACGAAAGAAGGCGAGGAGAAAAAACAGAAGCGCAAGAAGGUUAACAAGUUUUUCAAACGUAUUAAACUUCUUUUGCCGCUAUAGAAAAAAAAGACUCUUACAGGGUGAGUACUAAAUAUUGAAACAAUGGUUUCAGGACUGGCGUACCCAUCAUACUUGAUAAAUAAAACUCACUCAUAAUUAUUUAGAGUCUAUACGCCUUCGUGAACUUGAAGUCUUAACAUUUUUCUAAUAUCUUGUCUUUUGAUCAAAUCAUGAUAAAUUGGAACUUACCAAUCGGUUGCCCAAAAUCAGGUUUUGGCACGCGGCUAACCAUCAUCUCUAACAACGGCAAUUUUUCUUAGAAGGGAGCCAACUCUAGGAACCUAAAUUAUUUUUGUCUUAUACUACUAGCGUUACUCAUUAUUCUAAAUGUGUUUCAGGCUACUCUAGAUUUACUUUCUUUUUAGAACUGCAAAAUAUGCGAAAAAAUCUAAGAUCAACGAUUAAUCGCAUAUUACAGCCCCCCUCUCAAAUAAGAACAGCCUAACCUUAACCCAAUUAUAUAUUUUUCAAAGCUGAGACUUUGGGCUUUUGUAUAAAGUAGUUCUACACUGAAUUAGAAAAAAUCAAGUUCGAGCAGAGAUAAAAUUCCGUUUUUGCAUGAUUUUGAAAAUGAAAAAAACGGUUUUUGUUAGCUCUUUUUCGGGGAGUGCUCCUAUCAUUUGUGUUAACGCUCAUUGAUGGAAAUUUCUAAGAAAUAUUGCGAAAAACCCAAAGUUUAGUUUUUGUGUAUUUAUUUGAACAUGAACGUUCAGAUAACUUUUUACCAGUUAUAAACAUCGAAAAAUGACCGCGUGUCGUUGGGGCUUGGGUCCUACACUCUUUUCGAGCCAGAGCAGAGCUGAAUGAAGAUAGGAAUUAGAAUAGUUUCAUGAAUUUUGGAAUGUACAUUCCAGAAUUGUCAGUGAAAAAUUUUGGUACGGAUCAUUCACUUUUCCUCGGAGUUGCGCUAGUUCAAACGUGUUUCAAUAAUUAGUACUCACCCUGUAUUUCGAGAAAUUGUUCAAGUCUGGGAUUAAUGAAGUGUUUAUUUAUUCAGGAUCCUAAUGCACCGAAACGGGGCCAAUCCGCCUACAUGAUUUGGUUCAACGACAACAGGAGCAGCAUCAAAAAGGUUUUUUUUGUUUGAAACACUUCCGGAACAUUUUCAUAACCCACGGAUAUUAGGCUGGCGACAGUGUCGCGGAUACGGCCAGACGAGCUGGUGAGCAGUGGAAGGCCAUGGACGCCGACGAGAAGAGGGUCGGUUUUCUUGGAGGAGAAACCUUCGAAUAUUCAGUUUAAGCCGUAUGAGAAGAAGGCGAAGGAAGACAAGGAACGGUAUGACGCCGAAAUGAAAGAAUACAAAAAAAGCGGAGGAGCGGCAGCUUCGUCCAGCUCUUCUUCCAAAGCUCCGAAGGCCUCCAGGAAAUCCACCGGACCGUCAGUUUCUUUUUCACUAUUUCUCGCAGUGACUUUGUUUUCCAUCAGUUGGAAGGUUGGUAAUAUGAAGAAAAAAAAAGUUGGGCUUUAGUUUAUCGAAUAAAAGGUUUUUUUUUAAAGGGAACCCUGAAGAUUUUCAUGGCAACCAAAUAUAUUAAAAGAUAUUUAACAAAGCGUUAAAGAUCUCCUUCGAAGGCGAUAUCGAAAGAGUAUAUAUCUGACUCUGAUGACUCUGAUGACGAUAAACCCGUGAAAAAAGAGGUCAAAGAAGAAGUCAAGGAAGAACCCGAGGUUCGAAAAUUCCAGUUUUUUCGGCAGUUAUAGAUACAUUUCGCAGGAGAAGUCGAGCUCAAGCGACUCCAGCGAGUCGGACGAAAGCGAUUGA